GGAAGGGUGGGUAGAGAGGUCCAUAGAGGAGGGACGUCCGGACGUGACAAAGACACGUUCCUGACUCUGUAUACCUUUCCCUCCCCUCUCCUCCGGAUCUUCCCUGUCUGACAGACGUAACGGAUUGUGCAUCACCCUUGAGUGAAGGUGACUGGGUUGUGAGGGUCACGGCGCCAGGCAACCAGCUGACUGAGCUGAGCCAGCAGCACAUUACACCAAGAUCGUCUGCGGAAGGGCUGCUUCACACCUCUCCGGACCACAUACAGUGUUACUUUGUUGAUAAGCAAUGGCGUUGAAUAAGCUUAGCAUUGACAAGGUGGAUCUUUCUAAUAAGAGAGUUCUCAUGAGAGUGGAUUUUAAUGUGCCGCUAAAAGAUGGUAAGAUCACCAACAACCAACGAAUUGUUGCUGCGCUGGAUUCUGUGAAAUACGCAUUGGACCACAAUGCCAAGAGUGUUGUGAUAUGCUCUCAUCUGGGACGCCCUGAUGGCAACAAGAAUAUGAAGUUUACCUUGGCUCCUGUUGCUGAGGAGCUUAGGACUUUAUUAAAGAAAGAAGUGACAUUCCUUCCUGAUUGUGUUGGGCCUGAAGUGGAAGCAGCCUGUGCUGAUCCAGCCUCAGGCUCUGUCAUCCUUCUGGAGAAUUUGAGGUUUCAUGUGGAAGAGGAGGGCAAAGGGGUUGAUGCUACUGGAGCUAAGGUAAAAGCUGAUCCUGCCAAGGUUGAAGAAUUCCGUACUUCACUUAGAAAACUUGGAGAUGUGUAUAUUAAUGAUGCUUUUGGCACUGCCCAUCGCGGCCACUCCUCCAUGGUUGGUCAAGGAUUUGACCAGCGUGCCAGUGGUUUCCUCCUCAAGAAGGAACUCACAUAUUUUGCAAAGGCUUUGGAUAAUCCAGAAAGGCCUUUCCUUGCUAUCCUUGGAGGAGCCAAAGUAAAGGAUAAGAUCCAGCUCAUUGAAAACAUGUUAGACAAGGUGGAUGAGAUGAUGAUUGUUGGUGGUAUGGCAUUCACCUUUCUCAAGAUCACCAAAAACAUGGAGAUUGGUACAUCUUUGUUUGAUGAGGAAGGUGCCAAGAUCGUAAACAAGCUGAUGGAAAAGGCCCAACAGAAGAAUGUCAAGAUGCAUUUUCCAGUUGAUUUUGUCACAGCUGACAAGUUUGACGAAAAUGCUAAUACUGGGAGUGCUACUGCUGAAGGAGGUAUCCCUGCCUCUUGGAUGGGACUGGACUGUGGGCCUGAGUCUGUUAAAAUUUUCAAAGAACCAAUCUCCAGGGCAAAGAUAAUUGUUUGGAAUGGACCCUGUGGUGUAUUUGAGUUUGAGAAGUUUGCCAGUGGAACCAAGAGUGUUAUGGAUAUGGUGGUUGCAGCAACUAAUUCUGGCUGCACUACCAUAAUUGGUGGUGGUGAUACUGCCACAUGUUGUGCCAAGUGGAAUACUGAAGACAAGGUGUCUCAUGUUUCAACAGGUGGAGGUGCUUCUCUCGAGCUCUUGGAAGGGAAAACUCUACCGGGAGUGGCUGCUCUAUCUGAUGCCUAGAUUCCUCACAACUUCUACAGAAAAUUACUGCAGCAGUCCACCACUCUCUUUACUUGAUGGUUAUUGUACAUUAUAUUUCCAUGUGUCUAGAUUGUUGAUGUUAUAGCUAUUAGUGCAAGAGAUUUGCACCAUGGAUGAAGUCAUUAGCUGAUUAAUUGUCAAGACACUGAUGAUAGCAUCUAAAUCUCCAGCACCAGCUUGUAUUCACAUCAGCAUUUGUUUUUUCCUAAUUCAGAAUGACAAAAAUGUAGAGAAAGAGUGGACUCAAUUCAUGAAUUCUGGUAGAAAGGUUGUGCUCCUUUUUAGUACUUUGGCUCACAGCUUUCUAUGUUACAUUUUACUAUUUUGUGGCAGUAAUUUUUGUUAAAAAAAAAUUUUCUUCCUGAAUUUUAUGAGAAAAGUCAUAAUUUUAAAAAUAUUUUCAUAUAUAAAAGAUAGUUUCUGUAUUCAGCAUGUUUUCAAGAACAAUCUGAAAAUUUGCAAUUGUUUCAUAUAUCAUUUUUCACUGGUGCAUUGGAGAUACAAAUUAUAAGUGGUGUAUGAUUGUUUAUGCCUUCAAUGAAUAAAAAAAGCUUUGCAAA